AUUAUAAUCUUCUUAAGACAACAACAGGAUAGGGUGGGAGAGAGAAUAAAGAAAGAAGGAAAGCCCAUCUCACAUCAGUGCUUCUCACGCCAGAACAAUCACUAACUUCAUUCUGAAAAUGUAACAAAAAGGAAACAUAAAACAACUUCUCUGUCAAUCCCAUUAUCUUGAAUUUUAUAGCCCACCACAACCCUCUUGUCCCCUUCUCUUCACCUCCCAAGAUUCUCUGUUUUUUCUUUUCUUUUUAUAGCGCCAGGAGUUGAAUAUAGACCAUACACUGAUACAAAUGUAUGUAGUGUGUGUCUAUAUAUCUGAACUUCAAUCUUGAUUCUGUUUCUUGGGUCUCUUUUCUUUUCUUUUUCAUUUUGUUGGAAAGAUAGAGAUGGGGUUGAAAAGUGCUUGGUUAGUGGUGGUGUUUAUGUUUCUUGGGGUUGCUGUGGCAAAGAAUGUGAAUGAGUUGAAUUUAUGGCCAAUGCCGAAGUGGGUGAGUAGAGGGCACAGCAGGGUUUACAUGAGUCAAGAUUUUCAGUUAGUUACUGAUGGGAGCAAGUACAUUGAUGGCUCUGAGAUUUUGAAGGAUGGCUUUACAAGAAUGCUUGAUGUAGUGAAAGUUGCUCAUGUUGUUGAUGGUGAUCUUUCUAGCGUAGACAAGUCUCUCAUCAUUAAAGGAAUUCAUGUUCUUAUUUUCUCACCAGAUGACCAGUUACAAUAUGGUGUUGCCGAGUCAUACAAACUGCUGGUUCCUUCACCAGAGAUGCCAGAUUACGUCCAUCUUGAGGCGCAGACUGUUUAUGGGGCGUUACAUGGGCUUCAGACAUUCAGCCAAUUGUGUCAUUUUAACUUUACAACUAGACUGAUUGAAGUUCACAUGGUCCCUUGGACUAUCAUUGAUCAACCAAGAUUCUCUUAUCGAGGGCUCUUGAUUGAUACAUCAAGACACUAUCAGCCAGUGCCAAUGAUUAAGAAAGUAAUUGAUUCUAUGGCCUAUGCAAAAUUGAAUGUGUUGCACUGGCACAUUGUAGAUACCCAAUCUUUCCCUUUGGAGAUACCUUCAUAUCCACAUCUGUGGGAUGGGGCUUAUUCAGUUUCAGAGCGGUACACCUUUUCUGAUGCUGCUGAAAUUGUGAGUUAUGCUCAAAGGCGAGGAAUUAAUGUAUUAGCUGAACUUGAUGUUCCUGGACAUGCUCUCUCAUGGGGGCAUGGCUAUCCUUCUCUAUGGCCAUCAAAAGACUGUCAGCAGCCACUUGAUGUCAGCAACGAGUUUACAUUCAAAGUGAUAGAUGGGAUUCUUUCAGAUUUCAGUAAGAUCUUUAAAUUCAAGUUUGUUCACUUGGGAGGUGAUGAAGUUGACCCAAGUUGCUGGACAAAAACUCCCCACAUAACAAAAUGGUUAAAAGAGCAUAGAAUGAAUGGAUCUCAAGCUUAUCAGUACUUUGUCUUGCGGGCACAGAAAAUAGCUUUGUCCCAUGGAUUUGAAAUUGUUAACUGGGAGGAGACCUUCAAUGACUUCAGAAAUAAAUUGAGCCGGAAGACAGUGGUGCACAAUUGGCUUGGAGGUGGAGUUGCUGAGCAAGUGGUUGCAUCUGGGUUGAGGUGCAUUGUGAGCAACCAGGACAAAUGGUAUCUAGAUCACUUGGAUACUCCUUGGGAAGAGUUCUAUAAGAAUGAACCACUUACAAAUAUAACAAACCCCGAGCAACAGAGUUUAGUUCUUGGGGGGGAAGUAUGCAUGUGGGGAGAAACAGUGGAUGGGUCAGACAUUGAACAAACCAUAUGGCCACGUGCUGCAGCUGCUGCAGAGCGGCUAUGGACACCUUAUGACAAGCUAGCGAAGGAUCCAGAAAAAGUUGCUGGAAGGUUAGCACACUUCAGGUGUUUGCUGAAUCAAAGAGGGGUUGCCGCAGCUCCUUUAGCUGGACCAGGCCGAGGAGCACCUAUAGAACCAGGUUCUUGUUAUGGACAGUAAUGACUACAAACACAUCUCUAAUUCUUGAGGGUGAAAUGCAGUUGAUUCAAAAUCACCCCCGUAUGUAAGGAACACGUAAUAAUGCAUCCUGGAUAUAUUCAGGUGGCUUCUGGUUCGAUUUUUAUGAAAAUGGUCCAAAAUGGUUUCACAA